CGCCUUGCACCUCUAGGACCCGCCAGGCCCCUGGUUCCCGCCCCUAAGGGGCCAUGGAGUUUGCGGAGCUGAUUAAGACCCCACGGGUGGACAAUGUGGUGCUGCACCGGCCUUUCUAUCCGGCUGUCGAGGGGACACUUUGUCUGACAGGCCAUCACUUGAUCCUGUCCUCUCGGCAGGACAACACAGAGGAGCUCUGGCUUCUCCAUUCAAACAUCGACGCCAUCGAUAAGCGAUUUGUGGGCUCACUGGGUACCAUCAUCAUAAAAUGUAAAGAUUUCCGAAUUAUUCAUUUGGAUAUUCCUGGAAUGGAAGAGUGUUUGAAUAUAGCCAGUUCCAUUGAGGCUUUGUCUACCCUGGAUUCCAUCACACUGAUGUACCCUUUCUUUUACCGGCCCAUGUUUGAAGUGAUAGAAGAUGGCUGGCAUUCCUUCCUUCCUGAGCAAGAGUUUGAACUUUACUCUUCCGCUACCAGUGAAUGGAGGCUAAGCUAUAUCAAUAAGGAAUUUGCCAUCUGCCCCUCUUACCCACCAAUUGUCAUAGUGCCCAAUUCUACUGAUGAUGAAGCUCUAAGAAAGGUAGCUGCAUUCCGACAUGGAGGGCGCUUCCCUGUACUAAGCUACUAUCAUAAAAAAAAUGGAAUGGUAAUUAUGCGAAGUGGUCAGCCACUCACUGGCACAAAUGGGAGACGGUGCAAGGAAGAUGAGAAGCUGAUAAAUGCUACCCUUCGGGCAGGAAAAAGAGGCUACAUCAUUGACACCCGGUCACUAAAUGUGGCUCAGCAAGCUAGAGCCAAAGGAGGCGGCUUUGAACAAGAAGCUCAUUAUCCCCAGUGGAGGAGAAUUCAUAAGUCCAUUGAGAGGUAUCACAUUCUUCAGGAGAGCUUAAUCAAACUUGUGGAAGCUUGCAAUGACCAAACACAUAAUAUGGACCGAUGGCUCAGUAAACUGGUGACCUCAAACUGGCUGACUCACAUCAAAGAGAUUCUGACAACUGCCUGUUUAGCGGCUCAGUGUAUUGACAGGGAAGGGGCAUCAGUACUGAUUCAUGGAACCGAAGGAACUGAUUCCACACUUCAGGUUACUUCUCUGGCCCAGAUCAUCUUGGAACCAAGAAGCAGGACCAUCCGUGGUUUUGAGGCCCUGAUAGAAAGAGAGUGGCUACAGGCUGGUCACCCAUUCCAACAACGCUGUGCACAGUCGGCCUACUGUAACACUAAACAGAAGUGGGAGUCGCCUGUAUUUCUUCUCUUCUUGGACUGUGUGUGGCAGAUCCUUCGCCAGUUCCCUUGCUCUUUUGAAUUUAAUGAGCAUUUUCUCAUCAUGCUCUUUGAGCAUGCCUAUGCCUCACAGUUUGGAACAUUUCUGGGCAACAAUGAAAGUGAAAGAUGUAAAUUGAAGUUACAGCAAAAAACUAUGUCUCUGUGGUCCUGGGUCAAUCUACCCAGUGAACUGAGUAAAUUCACGAAUCCUCUUUUUGAAGCCAACAAUCUUGUCAUCUGGCCUUCUGUUGCUCCACAGAGUCUUCAAUUAUGGGAAGGUAUUUUCCUACGUUGGAACAGAUCCUCCAAGUAUUUGGAUGAAGCUUAUGAAGAAAUGGUUAACAUCAUUGAAUACAACAAGGAAUUACAAGUAAAAGUAAAUAUCCUAAGGAGGCAGUUGGCAGAACUGGAAACAGAGGAUGGGAUGCAGGAGAGCCCCUAGAAGAUCCUCCGACGCCCUUUUCAGAGAGCCCUCCUGGACCUGUAUUCCACCUCUCUCUUUGCUCUUCAGUUCACUUUUACACAACAGCUUAAAACUUAUGGAACUUUAGGCUUAAGAUAUGGGAACCCUCUAAUAUAAUAGAGUCCUCAAAACUUUAUUAACAAAAUGUAUAAUUACUCAUGUUUCAUGUGGUCUUUUAGGCCUUUUUCAUUUAGGGAGAGGGAAAGAGGUGCUAGUCAUUUUAUUUUAUGUAAAAAAAUCGGUGACUUAAUG